AUGGCAUCUAAUGACCCUCGAUUCGAUGACUCGUCAGACGAGGAGGACUUCAACCCUGCUCCCGCUGACCUGUCCGAUGAGGAGCCUCAACGCGAACAACGCGGCGAGGAGCGGCGCCGUAGGCGCCCCGCUCAAGACGACGAUGAAGAAGACGAUGAUAACACGUCGCCUGCGCGUCCGAAACACGUAGAUGAAGACGAAGAAGAGGAAGAGGAAGAGGAGGAACCCAAGGGCAAGAACGACGAUGAUGAGGAGGAGGAAGAGGAAGACGACGAGGACGAAGAUGACGUGCAAAGAGGCCAUCGCCGCAAGCGCCGUCGCGACAGACGUAAUGCUUUCCUCGAUAUCGAAGCCGAAGUCGAUGAUGAAGAUGAGGCCGAGGACGACGAGAAGGAGGAUGAAGAAAUAGGCGACUUCAUCGACAACGAACACCCCGACGACCUUGCGGAUACCGCGCGGCUCAACGAUGAUCGUCGUCACCGAGAACUCGAUCGCCGUCGUGACAUGGAGUCAAGCUUGGACGCGGAAAAGCAAGCCGAACUCUACCGACAGCGCUAUGCUAAGUACCGCUCUGGAAAAGGCGCGGGCGAGUCUGCUGUUGUACCAAAGCGCCUGCUUCUCCCCAGUGUUGACGAUCCAGGUAUCUGGGCCGUGCGAUGCAAGGAAGGCAAGGAGCGCGAGGUAGUCUUCUCCAUCAUGAAGCGCAUCGAGGAGCGCAUGGGGACCAAGGGCGAGCUCGCUAUCACGGCCGCCUUUGAGCGCGGAGGUACGAACUCUGUCAUGAAGGGUAUCGUCUACAUCGAAGCGCAGCGCCAGACAGACAUUCUCGUCGCGCUUGAUGGUAUCCUGAACAUUUACCCGCGAACCAAAAUGACCCUGGUCGACAUCAAGGAUAUGCCAGAGCUUUUGCGCGUCACGAAGACCGCUACCCUGGAACCCGGCGCGUGGUGUCGACUGCGUCGCCCCAUCAAGCAUAGUGGUGACCUAGCGCAGGUCGUGGCCGUGACAGAAAACGGACUGGAAGCCCGGGUCCGCUUCAUCCCGCGACUCGAUUACGGCAUGCGCGAUGAUGCUCUGACACAGGAUGGAAAGAGGAAGCGAGCCUUUGGAGGCGGCCCUAAGCCUCCUCAGCGUCUCUUUAGUGAGGUUGAGGCCCGCAAACGCCAUCCUCGGUUCAUCCAGGGCAACCCGACCACAAAUACCUGGACCUACAUGGGCGACGAGUUCGAGAACGGGUUCCAGGUAAAGGAUGUCAAGAUUCAGCAGCUUACCCUGACCGACGUUAACCCUACACUGGAAGAAGUCACGCGGUUUGCGUCGGGCGCUGAGGACGGUACGGAAAACCUCGACUUGAAGGCUCUCGCUGCCAGUCUCAAGGAUAGCAACACCAAGGUUACGUACCUGCCUGGUGAUGUCAUCGAAGUGUACUCGGGCGAGCAAAAAGGUGUUGUUGGCACGGCUACCAAUGUACAGGGUGAUAUUGUCACCAUGACUGUAACGGAAGGUGACCUGACUGGCCAAACAAUCGAGGUGCCGAUCAAGGGCUUGCGCAAGCGCUUCAAGAUCGGUGACCACGUCAAGGUCAUUGGUGGUAGCAGAUUCCAGGACGAAGUCGGAACUGUCGUCAAGAUUUCAGAGGAUCGGGUUACUUUGCUUACGGACCACACCAAUAAUGAGGUGACUGUGUUUAGCAAAGAUCUUCGUGAGGCAAGCGACAUUGGUGGGCAGGGCUCACUGGGUCAGUACUCGCUGCACGACCUUGUUCAGUUGGACAUGACCACGGUGGGCUGCGUUGUCAAGGUUGACCGUGAUUCUAUGGUCGUGCUGGAUCAGUUUGGCGACACAAGACAGGUCAUGCCCUCGCAGAUCUCAAACAAGAUUCCCAAGAGAAAGCAGGCUGUGGCCGCUGACCGUGACGGAUCCGAGAUUCGGCUUGACGAUGUUGUCAAGGAGUACACUGGGCAGCAGAGACAGGGAAAAAUCAUUCAUAUCCACCGCACAUACGUCUUUCUGCACACCAAUGACACCAACGAAAACGCUGGCGUCUUUGUUACCAAAUCCAGCUUGGUCAAUACCGUGGCUGCCAAGGGUGGUCGUGUCAACGCUGCAUCGUCGGGCCCUGAUCUGAGUGCCAUGAACCCUGCACUCAAGGUUCACAAGAACGGGGCCGAAAACAAGCCCCUCACCCCCGUUAAGAUGUUCGGUCGCGAUAAGGCUAUCAACCAGACUGUUAUUAUCAAGAAGGGCGCCUACAAGGGCCUGCUUGGUAUCGUCAAGGAUUCCACGGACACACAUUGCCGUGUCGAACUCCACACCAAAAGCAAAAUUGUCACGGUGCCGCGAGACUCGCUCAACUUCAAGGACAAGACGAGCGGCGCCUCCAUCGACAUUAAUGGUAGAGGACGCGGCGCACCGGUAGGCGGUCGUGGAGACAGAGUGCCCAGUUGGCAAGGAGGAUCUCGCACCCCGGCCGCGGGUGGUGCCAGCGACCGAGUCCCCGCCUGGGGCUCGCGUACGCCAGCUGCUGCGAGUGGGCGAACCCCCGCAUGGAAGGGCCAGGACUACUCUGGCUCACGCACGCCAGCAUGGGCGGAUGGGUCAAGAACAGUCAACCCAUAUGACGGCAGCCGUACAGCCUACGGUGCUGGCUCCCGUACUCCCGCUUGGCAGUCCGGCGCCAGAACUCCGGCCCCCGGUGACGCUUUCGGUGCCGGUUCGCGAACUCCUGCCUACGCUGGCGGCGAAAGCUGGGCCUCGGGCUCCAAGACCCCAGCGUGGGGUGCCUCAGCCCCUACGCCUGGGGCGAGCGGCCACGACACAUGGGGCUACACGCCCGGCGCGAGUGCUGGUGCCUACGACGCACCUACACCUGGCGGUGCACUUGGUGCUCCUACACCGGGAGCAUUCGGAGCGCCGACACCCGGUGCCUACUCAGCGCCGACGCCGGCGGCCAGUGCUCCCACGCCCGGCGCGGGAUGGCAAGGCGGCUGGGGAGCAGAUUCUGCGCCUACGCCGGCCGCAGGUGCCCCAACACCCGCGGCUACGGGCUAUUACGGGGCUCCCACACCGGCUGCGCCUCCGGAGACGCCUGGUGCCAGUGGCCCAAGAUACGUGGAGGACGACGACUAA